AUGGCCUCUAUGAUUUCCUCUUCAGCUGUGACUACAGUCAGCUGUGCUUCUAGGGGGCAAUCCGCCGCAGUGGCUCCAUUCACCGGCCUCAAAUCCAUGACUGGAUUCCCAGUUAAGAAGGUCAACACUGACAUUACUUCCAUUACAAGCAAUGGUGGAAGAGUAAAGUGCAUGCAGGUGUGGCCUCCAACUGGAAAGAAGAAGUUUGAGACUCUUUCAUAUUUGCCACCAUUGACCAGAGAUCAGUUGUUGAAAGAAGUUGAAUACCUUCUCAGGAAGGGAUGGGUUCCUUGCUUGGAAUUUGAGUUGGAGAAAGGAUUUGUGUACCGUGAGAACCACAGUUCACCAGGAUACUAUGAUGGAAGAUACUGGACAAUGUGGAAGCUUCCUAUGUUUGGCACCACUGAUGCUUCUCAAGUCUUGAAGGAGCUUGAUGAAGUUAUUGCCGCUUACCCUCAAGCUUUCGUUCGUAUCAUCGGUUUCGACAACGUUCGUCAAGUUCAAUGCAUUAGUUUCAUUGCGCACACACCAGAAACCUACUAA